AAGGAACUCGAUCCUGGCCAAAGGGAGUGUCGCCUCAAGACCGAAACCGAGGGCAUGGUCAUUUUCAAGACCUAUUCCCAAUCCGGUUGCUUGUUGGAAUGCAAACUUGCCCAAGGAAUAGAAAGGUGUGGCUGUGUCCCCUGGAAUUACCCCCAUUCAAAGGAGGACCAGAAGAUCUGUGAUUUUGAAGGCAGCUCUUGCUUUGAAAGAGCUAUGGCGGACACGGAACAGACUCGAAAUUGCGAUUGUCCUUUUGACUGUGAUUCCAUUCGAUAUGCAUAUUCCGUUUCCUCCACCAUGCUUGAUAAGGACAAGAUCUGCAAGGAUUCGUCAAAGUCCAUCUUUUCCAUGUCUGAAACGUCCUUGCCUACCAUGUUGGAGCGAACCUUCAACCAGCUGGUCGACGGGGCGGAUAUCGAGACGGAACAAAUUUGUCGGGAAAAUUUGGAUAAGAUCGCUAUGGUCCAAUUUCAAUUGACGAGUAAGCAGGUUACUCGCAUCAAGCGGGACAGGCGAGUUACCUUGGCUGACAUGAUUUCCACUUUUGGUGGGACUGUGGGCCUAUUUACCGGCAUGAGCAUUUUGAGCGUGAUUGAAAUGAUUUUCUGGCUCAUGCGCCUUAUAUCUGGUUCCAAAGUGGAUGAAGUCGAAGAAAAAGGUUGUUGCUACAACAAAAAAUGCGCCCAAUUUAUUAAGAAACAAGGAAAAACGCCCUCUAAUCUUUUGACUGAAGGCAAACAUGUCCCUUAGUUAAAAUAUCCCCUCAUUAAUGAUAGGUGUUUCACUAUCAAUUUCUUCAUUUUUCAUGGUGUUGUGCCAAGGGCGUACCAUAGUUGAAGCUCUUCAUUUACAUUACAAGAACCAAAUAAAUAAUGUAUCCAUA